GGGUGACUUGCGCAAAAGACUUGUAUUAACUCGCGCAAGUACAGAGCAACAUGUAUCACUUUUCAAAACCUAUUAAAUUAACAACAAACUGAUUAUUAUCGAUCUUUAAUAAACUAAACAUUCGUUUCUUAUAUUAAUGAGCAAUUAAUGAGUAAUUCAAAUAUUCGGAGUAAAAUCUAAACGCUUUUCAGAAAUGACAGCCUGGCAGGUCCUAUCCAAUCACAUCACUCCUCAAGCCGUUUAUAAGUUUAUUUCUGCUAAGAAACUUGGAAACGACAAUAUUUUCAUAUAGUUCGCAAGAAGAUGAUAAGAAACGAUGAUUGCGCUAGUUGCCAAAAUAAUUAACUUAUUCGCAUUGACCGUUCGAAGUGUUUUACUUGGAGCUUCAUUCGUCGGACAUGUAAUAUUUGUUACAGUUGCAGGCGUUUGUACGACACUGGUAAACUUUGUUGAUAGUGUUCGAACGUUUAUUCAGAUAGUUUAUGAAGACAACUUAUCGAUCUUCAACGAGGACAUACCCAACUUCACUAAUGAUGUGAUCGACACGUUCGUCAGUCAAGUGGUGUUCGUCUGGAGCGGUGUGACGAAGGUUUACUGCGACAUAUAUCUCAAAGUCAGUGCCAUCGUAGUUUCCAUCAAGUGGCUAAUAGACUCAGUGUUUCUAGUGAUUUCUGAGGUGUUAUACAUUAUAAAAAGUGCUGUGAUAUGUUUAGGGGAAGCACUAUGGCUCAUAGUUACAUUUAUUCCUGUUCAGCUGCCUCAGCUGGUGAAGCAGUUGCUGAGGUACUUAACAGAAAUAGCCAUAGAUGGGAUUGUAAGUGCUUACAUGUCAUUGUUGAAGUUCACCAACUUCCUGACUGAUGUGCCUUUGGAGUCAUUUAUGGGUAUAAUUAGUGCUAUAGUUAUUGUGCGUUUGUGCAUACAUUUUAGAGAGGAUAUUCAAACUAGGUUCACAUCACUUUAUUGGUCUGUGGUAAGAAAUAGUUUGUAUUUGUAUCAUCUGUUUUAUAAUUAUUUUACUGACUCGGAGGUGAGGGUGAUAACUAGUUUAGUGGGUGGUAGAGAAGCCCGUGUGAGGGAGGCGGAGGCCAUUGUAAGAGCAGCCAAUGAUGCUGCGGAUGCCGCUGAUGCACUUUGCGUCAUUUGCCAAGAACGGCAAAAAUGUGUUCUGACACUGCCAUGUCGCCACAUCUGCCUGUGUAGCGAGUGUUGUAUGAGACUGUAUGGGUAUCAAAGGACUUGUCCUAUUUGUAGAACUUUCAUUUACCACUCUGUUACUGUGUACUUGUGACAGACAUACUUUACAUUCCUGGCUGUGGCAUUUUCUCAAUUCCAAUUUAGAGUUACCAAAGAUCAGGCUCACUUAGUCAAGCUGAAAUGUAUUCACUGACUUGAUCUUCAAAGAGGCGUUAUUGAGGUGACUUUCAAAUAAAAAUAGUGAGUUACAAAUUGUUCAUUUACUUAAAGAAGAUUUCAAUCUUCUAAUUUGUUUUGUACAAAAUUGUUCUUAUACAGCUAUUGUUAUAACUUUCUGCAUAGUUGUUCUAAAUUAUAAAAGAGAUCUGAAGUGAAAGAAUGGAUGUACAUUGUGUUCUUGUCAAAUUUGUAUUAAUUAUUAUAAUACUUCUUAUGGUGGCACUAUAUUUAGCUGUGUUAUUUGAAUACUUGUUGUCAACAUUUUCUUGUUUAUUGCAUUUAUAAGGGUCAGGGCCCAUACUUUUCAUGCCACGCAGAAAUGACGUAAUUUAACAUACAGGGAGUUGUUUUACAAUACUACAAAUUUAGAUAGCUAAGUUAUUGACGGAUAUCAAAAUAAAUACUUGUUAUGAGAAUAAAAGCUUGUUAAUCAAAAAUAUGUAUUAUUUAAUAAAUUAAUAAUCUAUUAUUUAUUUGAGUGACAAUAAGAUGAAAGUCAGUUAGAUGUUUCUGUACUGAUUGUCAAGUAUAUGUAUAUCUUAAGAGGUUGAUAAAUGAUUAAUUAUUACGAAAAUAUUAAUUGGAAUCAUACUCUAUGUAGCGUGAUGUCAUUUUUCUGUCAAUGGCAUGAAAAGUACGGGCCCUGAUAAGGAUAUAAAGGAAUAACUAUUUAUAUAAAUGUAGCUAAGUGAAGUGCACUGACAGUGGCAAUCUCAAGAUAAAAACUUUUGCAUAAAAAUAAUAUAUGUUAUGAUUACUUACUUUAAUUAUACAUGAUAAUUACAAAACAAAACACAUAAUCUUUGGUUUUGAUAUUAUUAAUAUUUAAUUCUUAUUUCUUGCUGUUUUUGUAGGUCAGUGACCAAUACUUGCAAAUGCAAUAAUACAUUUUUAUAUUCAUA